CACACAUGCUUACACCACGCCCCCUCAUCUCGAACCACCCCGCCUGUGGAUGUGUCUUCUCACACACAGUGCGUGCCGAGAAGACGAAACCCCCACACGGUCAGCGACACCCGGACGAGCCGGAUAGUGUCGCCGGCCCUCGGAGCAACACUGCUGUUUGCGUCUCCACCCCCUCCCUGUCCCUCCCAGAAGUUCGUACGACGAUGUGAAGCUUCAACGGUGACGAUGCCAAUGAUGGAAACAAAGUCGUGUGGCGAAGUAGAAGUCGGCAACUCACUGCAUGCGGCGUCGCCGCUCGGCUGAUUCCACCGGCUGCGCGUAGAGCCGAGGCAGUGAUGGAUGUGGCCGAUGACCUGAACCUCUCCUUUCUGCUGGAGCACGAACGAGAUAGCAUCCUGAAAGUGCUGCAGAAGGACGAGAAGCUGAGGAAGCGAGAGGAGAAGAGGAUACGGAAGUUGAAAAAUGAGCUGCUGGAGAUCAAACGCAAAGGCUCCCGGCCACCGCGGGAGUCGGCUGAGCGCCAGUGCGCCCGCUGCAUCAAGACGCUGGGCCUAAUCUUUGACCGCGGCGAGCUAUGUGACGAGUGCCAGCUUCGCGUGUGCAGCGAGUGCCGCGUCUCCGCUCCAAAGCGGCGUCAGUGGAGGUGUAAGGUGUGCGCCAAGAUCUCGGAGUUGAAGGUGGUGACAGGCGAGUGGUUCCUCGAGGAGCGAUCAAAGCGCUUUGAGCACAAACUGUUGAGCAGUGACGUGGUUAAGCAAACAAUCCUGAGCAGUCCGACAGUCACAGAGGAUAAAAAGUCCCCGGAGAACUCAACACUCCGUCCUGACGGGGCGAGAGGCGAUACGCCAAAAUUCAGCAAGAGUUCCAAACAUGUUGUUGAUGGACUGAGAAAGAAAGGGAGGAUGAAAAUGGAUAAAGUGAACGGCAGGACCUUGAGGUCGGAGAACGGCAUCAGUGGCCUCAAAUCGGCUUCAGAUGGAGACGCUCGGAGCGUGCGAAGCGUUUGCUCCGCUCCAAGUUAUCCAUCAAACAGCGACUUCUCCGGGAAGCCGACAGUGCUCAACAAUCGCCGAUCUAAAACUCCCGACAGAUACUCCAUUGCCAGCAGCAACCGGAGGGUCAGGCCGGACGGAGCAGAAAGUGUUUCCAGCUCCCACUCCAGCGGCAGCGCGCCUGAGAAGAAAGCGACAGGAAAUGAUGGGGGAGGCUACGGCGCUCCGACUAUUUCCGUGUCCCAGGCUUCCGUGUCAUCGGAUCACAGUCGCUCCGAGAUGGACCUAUCGGCUGCAGGUUCAGAACUCAGUGAUGACACCUUCAGCCUCAGAAGCUGCUCUGUGCCAGGUCUCACUGAGACGGAGUUCUCCGACCAGGACGGCGAGGAAGACAUCGACGCCCUGAUGUCGGCCCACAGUCAGACGGCGGGACGCCACCUCGGCAACGCCGUCUCCACGUCUUCCACUCCUGCCUCAGAGAGGAGGUGGGCCUUCCUCAAUGUCCCCGACUCAGACGCUGAGACAAGUAGCAUCAGCAGUAUGAUGAGCAUGUACAGCGAGACGGGUGACUAUGGCAACGCCCGCGUCAGUGGCGAGAUCCUGUUGAACAUCAGCUACAGUUACAAGACGGGCGCUCUCAACGUGCUGGUCAAAGAGUGCCACAACCUGGCCACGGGGGACGAGAGGAGGCAACGCACUGACGCUUACGUGAAGACGUACCUGCUGCCGGACAUGUCGCGCCAAAGCAAGAGGAAGACCAGCAUCAAGGCCAACAGCAUCAAUCCUGUUUUUAAUGAGAACCUAAGGUAUGUGAUCAGCCACUCGCAGCUGGAAACGCGUACAUUGCAAGUGUCUGUGUGGCACCAUGACCGCUUCGGACGCAACAGCUUCUUGGGAGAAGUAGAGCUGACUUUUGACUCCUGGGAGUUCGAUUCCCAAAUUGAUGAGUGGUUCGGUCUGCAGCCCAAGCUGGAGAGUAGCGUAGACGCCGCCAUGCAGUACAAGGGAGAACUGACUGUGGUUUUGAAGUACAUUCCCGCAGAGAAGAACCUCAUGCUGCCUCUAGACCAAGUACAAGUGAAGAAGGGCUUCCUGAAGGGCAAGAAGAAGAGCACCUUCACACCACCCAAAGGGGGCAUGGUUGAGCUUCUUGUCAAGGGGGCCAAAAAUUUAACUGCUGUCAAGUCUGGAGGAACCUCUGAUCCUUUUGUCAAAGGCAAUGUGUUGGAUCAUACUGUGCGCAGUUACCUGCUCCCGGACAGCCAGAAGUCCACUAAGCACAAGACGGCAGUGGAGCGUCGCACGGUCAACCCGCAUUGGAAUCACACUUUCACCUACUGCGGUUUGCAGCCAGGAGACCUCAACAAUGUGUGCCUGGAGCUCACCGUGUGGGACAAGGAGGCCCUGGCCAGCAAUGUCUUCCUGGGCGGAGUCAGGCUCGGGGCCGGUACAGGCACAAGUUACGGGAACCAAGUGGACUGGAUGGACUCAUACGGGGAGGAGCAGCGGCUGUGGCAGCGCAUGAUUGAAAAUCCAGAAGUCCCCCAGGAGUGUACUCUCAUGCUGAGGGCCAGCAUGCGCAAGUGCACCACGUGCACCGCAUGAGUCCGAAUGGAUUACAAGCAUAAGACCAUGUUUCCACCAGGUAGUACAGCAUAGCUUGGAAACCCAUCUGGCUUGUUAUUUGGACCGUGUUGUACGACUCGGUUUUGUCUCGGAAUCAAACUUGAGAUGUCGCAACACACAACCCGCGAAUGCCCUUUUUCACAUCGACACCGCAUCUUCCGAUUGGAUGAGGAAGUUGCAAAAAAUUGGUCUUAAAAAUAAGAAGAACAAACAAAAAGUAAUACAAACAAAAUUAUUUGCCGAUACAACAGGAAAUUUUAGCUUGGUAAGAUUUCCUUGUCGAGUGAAUUCAGAGAUAUAUUUCCAAAGACAUUAUCUACUCAGUUUGAAGAUGACAGGCCCUAUUUUCAGGCCCAGAACAAGUCCAGCGCAAAGUGCAGUUCAACUGCGUAGAUGGAUGGAGUUUUCUUUCUUUUGGUAUUCUCAAAGACUCUGCACAGGUAGAAGUAGGCGUAACGGGGCAUUUGCGCCAUUGUGGGACGGAAAGUAGCUGACUCCCAGCCAGUCGUAGCAGCAUUUGCAUUAAAGUCAGGGUGGUCCAAGCUCACCUCAAAGAAGAAAUAGACUUGCUGGGGUUCGGUGCAUGUUUUCGGCUCACGCAAAGUGCGUUCAUCCAAGUACAUUGCAAGAUCUCCCCUUGCGGAUUAUGUAGUGUGGUACCCAGAACUUGUGAAAGUGGAAACACCAAAAAGACAUCCCCUUCCUAAUUGUACUGCUUGGUGGAAAUGGGUCAAAAGAAGGAGCAAUGGCAAGGGAAGAAGCACCAGAAACUUGACAAGAAAGGAGAGCAUCUAUUUCCAGUCUCACUUUUCCUCCCCCAGUAUGGAACAACCGGCCAUGCCUUACCCUCGGAUCCAAAUGUGCCCCACUGCCCUUUUACUCCUGCCAAAAAAAAAUCUCAAUUUACUCUUCCAAACAGGAAACACAAUGCAGCAUUCUAUCUAGUUUUAAGCACACCCAAAUGGGAUUCAUGCACUCAAAUCAUUUUUAGCUUGGAGAUAGCUAUGGCUAUCAGAGCCUUUUUUUAAAAUUACAAGACAUGAGUCAAAGCACUGAUAAAUUUGGUGGCGCCGCCCUUGUAAGCAAGCUAACUGCUGUGAAGCACAUCCUUGCAAGUACAAUGAGUGAAAGUGUCUGCUUCAUCAUAGCUUCGGAGUGAAUUUUCCCCGUUUAGCUAGAUUAUGGCAUUCUCUAUUGAUAAGCUAGCUUUCCAUUUCUCAAAAUCUCUUUAACACGAUAGUAAAGUACCAACAGUUAAUGCAAAUACAGUUGUGCCUUGAUUUAAGAGUGUCCUAUCUUAUGAGUUUAGUUACGGGCUGUCGCUUAGUCCAUUUUUUUUUUUUUUUUGCUUUACUUUAGAUACUGCGCCACUCGAGCGAAGUGAAAGACAAAGUGUGAUGCUCUCCCAUUUGGUAAGGAGAGCCACAGUAAACGAUAUUAUUUCACCCGUUUAUUGAAAGGGACAACAAGUCAACUCUACAAAAACAUAAUGAGAACAGGAGGAGCUUCUUUAGUCAACAACUAACAUCCAGAUGCUCACAAGUAGACUAACCUACUCCAUCUCCUGUUACUUAAAGGCCACGCCCCUUAUAGGCAUACAUCCAACAAUCUAAUACUACAUUACAUAAAGUAAUUAUCGUUCAUUAAAAAAAAAACAUUACAGUAAUUUCUUUCCAUUCUCUUUUUGUUUAUUUUAUUGUGUUGUUUAGCCUUUGCCACAACAAAAUUGUGGUGUUUUUUUGGGGGGUGUGGGAGUGGCUAGAUUCAUGACUAGUAAGUCAAGGUACAAUUGUAAAAUGUUUGGUACCAAAGUUAUUGACAAGUUAGACCAUCAGUGGACGUGUCGUCGUCAUCUUAGCAUGAUAAUGUUAGCAUUUAGCUCAAAGCACCAUCGUGCCUGUUACACACAAGCUUGUGCAGUCUCGCUAGCAUGAUUUAGCCUCGUCUUAACCAUUAAAUUGAGUAGUUAGUAAUUCGUUGAUUAAAUAUUUCUUUGACAACAUUCCAUACCUGCUUUGAAAAAAAAAUCUGGCAAAAGGAAGUACUGUAAGUAAGUACUUGACAUCCAGCUUUGAUGUAAAUGUAGAUAACACUGUAUCAGUGUGAUGCCUUAGCCGCAUGCUUGUAGAGGGAAAUGCGAACAAAAAAACCCAGGAAGUUUAGCACUGAUAAACACACCAUUGGUUGACUUUGAUAGUGGCGCUUCCAUCCGAGGGGCUCACAACUCACAAAAACAUGUCGCCAAAUAAAAGCUGGUUGAGCAUUUUCCGAUAACAACGAAUGCUAGUGUAUGCUUGUGUCAUAGUAUAGCAUUCCUGCACUACUACGACUACUAAGACAUGUACAACAUGAUUUUUGAUCACAAGCUUGUGCAAUACCCGCCUACUGAUUUUUAAUGAAUAGCAUGUUAUCUUGUAUGUCAUGUUUCCAAAGUGUCCAAACUAUUUCAUCUGGUUGAAAAAAUAUUUUGAAAAUAAAAAACUUCACACAGA